UAUCGGUACGUUUCGUACAGAGGUAAUGUAAAAUUUUUGGAGAUCGUAAUCCGCAAGCAUCAAGCAACGUAUUGUUCACAAUAGGUAAAAAUGGCCAAGUCGUCGGAAAAGAAAGGCAAGAGCGCCAUCAACGAGGUAGUGACUCGCGAAUAUACUGUGAACCUUCACAAGCGUCUUCAUGGUGUUGGAUUCAAGAAACGUGCUCCACGAGCUAUCAAAGAGAUUAGGAAGUUCGCCGAGAAGCAGAUGGGAACUCCUGAUGUUAGGAUAGACACACGCCUCAAUAAGCAACUCUGGUCUAAAGGCAUCAGGAACGUUCCUUUCAGAGUUCGUGUAAGACUGAGCAGGAGGAGAAACGAUGACGAGGAUUCUGUACACAAGCUGUAUACCCUUGUCACGUACAUACCCGUUGCAACAUUCAAAGGACUUCAAACUGAGAAUGUAGAUUCCAACCAAGAUUAAUUUUUGUGUAAUAAAUUAACAUAAACGUGUAAAUACGUA